AUGGAGAAUUGUCGAUCUCCUUAUGAAGUCGUCCUCUUCGGUCCUGUAAGCGAUAUUCGAUUAUCGAGUACAGCACCAAAAUCGGCCGGGCCAUGGAACGGAAAAGACAAUAGGCGGUCUCGAUACAGCCCGUGUCGACACGUCAAUUGGGGAAGGUCAGAAUUACAGUCCAAAAUGGAUUACUACGGAACAAAUACCCACCUCUACUUUGCCGGGGAAGCUUCGAAGAGUCCAUCCGGAUAUCGCCUACAGCACUGGAGAAGAAAACUUAAUCCGACGGUUGUCGUCCAGCGAACGAAGAACGAAACGGACGGUUUCGACACCGCCCGUAGCGAUAUCGACAUCGAUAUGACGAUUGCGAUAGGUCACAAGCUCAUUGUACUACCGUUUCUUUUAUUAUUUCAUGAUGUAUUUAAACUUUUACCUAAAACCCAUUAG